UUUUUUUAAAAUUACUCACAUACAAUACAUACAGUGGAAAAAAAAACGGGACACACUGGGCGUAUGAGUAACCUUAAAUACCCAACUGAAUCACGCGAAAAGCAAAUUACAGUGGAGAACGGCAGCGGUAAAAUAGAAAAUUUAGAAAAUUAAAUGUGAUUCAAAGCAAUUUGUUGCUGCUUCCAUAUAGUCUACAACAACAAUAAUCAUCGCUAAACUGUAGCGGCAAAGUAGGCAGUUACUAAACAGAGCAAAAAAAAAAAAAAGGAUAGACACACCAAAACGCAGUGCUCCCCAACAUUGGCAUCCACUCGCUCACAUAAAUACUUACAAAAUAUAGACAUAUAUUGCACAUAAAAGCAGUAAAAGAGCGUAAAUUUGAGAAUUACGUUUGUAGUUAUAUGCCCAUUGAGUGCCUUAUAUCCUUUGAUAAUAAUCCUCAAGGUGUUUAUUAUGCUGGACAGGAGCUAUCUGGCAUUGUUGACCUUAGCGUCGACGCAACAAAACGAAUUAAAGCGAUACACAUCACCGUUAGCGGCUAUGCGAAGAUACGCUGGAUAAAAAAGGGCUAUCCGCGCGAUAGUGAACGUGCAAUGUGUCGUGCCUACCGCUCGUAUUUAUCGUCGCGUUCGUAUGUGCUCGGUUCAUGUGCAAGCAGUUCGUGUAUGGACUGGUCGGCCGGCGAUUAUUCGUAUACGUUUCACGUAAUACUGCCAGAGAAUCUGCCCACUUCGUUCGAUGGGAAAUAUGGGCAGAUUCAUUAUGAGAUUAUCACCACAAUCGAUCGGCCAGCCCGAUAUCCGAAAGUCUUCAAGUUGCCAUUUACGGUAAUACAACCGUUGGAUUUAAAUGCGGACACAAUAUAUAGGGUCCCUUUAGAAAUCCUCGAUCGCAAACGUUUCUGGAGCUUUUGCUGCCCAACAGGCCCACUAACUGUGAAAUUCUCCACACCCUAUUGUGGUUAUGCGCCCGGCCAAAAAAUUCAUUUCGUCCUUUACAUUAAUAACGAAUCGUCCAUUGAUAUCACCGAUUGCGAAGUGAAACUGAAACAACAAGUCAGUUACGAAUCGCAUGAUCCCCAACAUGAAUACCGUUAUGAUAAACAUCUUAUUGCACGCAAACAAUUCGGUAAUGUUUUGCGUUGGAGCCGAAAGGUUUAUCGUGGCUUUCUCAGCUUACCAUCCAUACCGCCGUCAUCGAUGAAAAUUGUUUGUCCCAUAAACAUUACAUAUUUGAUAAAGGUUAUAAUUAUACCAACGGAUUUCCAUUGGAAAAUGAAAUUAAAAAUACCCCUAACAAUUGGUAGUAUACCGAUUAUAGAUAAUAUGGCAGCAGCAGCAGGGUUGCCAAGCCUGCUAGAAACCCAAUAUGCUAUGAGUCGUGGCUAUUUUAAUGGACGGCGUAGGCUGCAGGAUGUAAGAGUGUUGGCGGGAGAGAAUUCAAGCAUGAAUGAGCAGCUUGUGGCGAGUGUGGGAGCCGAAGAGACUUCUGCUGUUGGUGAGCAACAGCAGCAAGAGGAAGGUGCCGCAACGGCUGAGGGUGCAACGAAUGGCGGACAAACCGUUAUACCGACAUUGCUUAUAACCGAUGGUGACAAUCCGCCCGAUUACAAACUAAUGAUGCCACCUUCGUAUGAAGACGCAAUGGCGUUAAGUGAUAAAUUCUGUGAUGACAGUGAAUACUUGCAAAACGUCAGCUUAAGUAGUAUUGUCUCCAAUGAAACGGCCGAAUCUUUUAAGCCCCGUUAUCCCGUAUACUACGAAUACGAGACACCAAUCAUACCGCCCGAAACACUCUACGACGAAUCACCAUCGCAAUUGCGUAUCGAGAUACAAUCAUCGGAUUCCACAGAUUCGUCACAUCAACCACUUAGUGCGACCAGUUUCAGUGCUUUCCGCAAGGAGAAAAAGUAAUAUGUAAGACGGAGGACCUCCAUCCAAGCGACUCGGCGAAAUAUGGCUUAAAUUUGUAACAAACGACGUAAAUCGGAUAUCAUCGUCACGGCCGCCGAGCUCUUAUAAAGUGUAAAACAAACUUAUGCCUUCUUCACAAAAAAAAAAAAAA